AUGGCUUCCUCCAAAUCCUUCAUCCUAUCUUUACUCUUUGUCGCAACAAUGUCAAGCUUUAACGUUGAAGCGCGUAGUCUUCUUCAAACAACCGUACAACCACAACCUAUCAAUCCAGAUUUACCAAAACCAUCUCAUCCAGAUUUACAAAAACCAUCUCAUCCAGAUUUGCCAAAACCAUCCGUUGAAGAUUUACCAAAACCAUCUGUUGAAGAUUUACCAAAACCAUCUUAUCCAAAUUUACCAAAACCAUCUGUUGAAGAUUUACCUAUAAUUCCAUCAUUGCCUAAAGAAAGUCUUCCACCAUUGCAUACUUCCAUUCCAACUUUCAGCGUUUCACCAGUGUCAUCACCAGCUCCGGCUCCAGCUCCCACUCCAUAA